UGAUCCGUCUGCAGCCCACUUAGCUACCCCCCUGAGUCCUCAGUAUGCCGGUAUAUCACGUCGCCCUAUUCAAACUCAAACCAGACGCCGACCCUAACCGUAUCUGUUUAUGGCAGGAGCUCGCGCACGCAAUGGUCGGCAAGGUACCUGGCCUACUGGAUCUGCAAGCUGGGCCUCCCCUCGACUUCACGGCUCGACUGGCGAAAGGGUUUGAUAUGGGUGUAGUCGUGCUGCUAGACUAUGUGGAGUCUCUCGCUACCAUGUUUACGCAUCCGAGCCAUGACCAAGUUCACGAAUUGUACCAGGAGGUUUGCGAGGACGGGAGUACUGUUGGUUACGAUAUUGAAUUCUAGAGGGCUAGGUUGCAGCAUAUCCUCUAGAACUGUUCUACUCCGAACUAGUGCAGGCAUAACCGUGGGAAUGUGUAUAUAAUCAGACAUCGAACCCAGCAUCCCGCCGCCGCUGCAUAAUAGGCCUCAACUGAUUCCCACCCCAUCCGUCCUCCAAAUCAUCUUUCA